UUAACCAAGAUAUGCAAAUUUUAAUCGAUUUCUCUGUGGAGUAAAUAAAGAUAGUUAGUUUCCAUUAGACCAUUAGACAAUAAAUAACACUCCACUGCGGUAGAAUUUUGUCCAGUGAAAAAUUUACUUUAUUCGUAACACACAUAGUCUUGCUGUCCUUUUCAAGUGUAUUUUUUGUAUAAAAACUUUUUUUUUUAAACAGAAAGUGUUGUGUUUUCAUUUAAUAGUUGUUCCACGUCCUUUUCAUCAAAAGUAAAAAUUUUGUGAAGAAAUAAUAAUGAGAAUGAAUUGUGUAUUUUGUAUUCGGACUAAACGUUGUGGAAGUGAAAAAAUGUUAUGGACGUUGUCAUCUGUUAUAUUCCUUAUUUCCUUAUCAUCAACAUUAUUUAUAGACGCCACACCAGUGCAAAUACCGAAUGUGGAAGCUUUUAAUUCAAACAAAAUCGACAACAUUGAGUUGCCUAACAGUAUAAAUAAAACCUUUUUGCAAUCGUUAAUUAAAAUCAAAAUAGAACAUUUAAAUAGUGGUGUACCGAUAAUAAAUCAUAACUUAUUUAUAUAUCCAACAAUUUCAACAAAAUCCUGUGAUUAUACAAGUGAACCACUGCCUAUAAUAUUUAGAAAUGAAACCGAUGUUAUUUUAUCAGUGAGUGGUGUCAAACAACGUUAUACAGAGGGAUAUUUAUGUUAUAGAGGCGAUACAGGAACCGAACUACAUCAUAUGGGCUUAGGGUCCAGAUUUGUUAAUAAAAGCUUCCAGAGGACAAUAAGAGACGCGAAUACGAAUUUCAAAAGCGUCCAUAAUGAUCGUUUGCCAGAAGAAACUUCAGUACCUAAAGAAAUUACAUUAUUCACACCCAAUAUCCGCAUAAUUGGAUUACGACUGGAGAGUAGCGAUUCGGAUCCUACAUUCACUGAAGAUGGCGUUCCCGAGUUGCUGAGCACUCAGAAAGCCACCUUUCGACUUUUCGGUCAUGGUUUUAGUGAACGUACCGUUGUGACGUUCACAGAAGAAGCUGGUGUGUACGGUGGAUCCUGUCAAUUGCCAUCAUCGGGACAGUUUCGUGUUACAAAAGAUUCGGUGGAAUCGGACACUGUACUAGUUGAAACGGUCAUGCCAAAAGGAUCAACGGAUUUUUAUUUUUGCACCAAAGAAGCUGAAUUAACUGGUGGACAUCUAGUUAACGAUACAAAUCCUUUCAUGCAUCAAGGAUCCGAUCCAUGGCUACGAAUACGUAGUUUUGAAAAUCCGAUUCCCUUAUGGGCCGCUAUUAUGAUCAUAUGCAUCUGUCUGUGCUUCUCGGCGUUAUUCUCAGGUCUUAAUUUAGGAUUAAUGUCGUUGGAUCGAACUGAAAUAAAAAUUUUGAAAAACACUGGCACGGGAAAGGAGCGUCGUUAUGCUGCUAAAAUUCAACCCGUUCGUGAUCAUGGCAACUUCUUGCUGUGUAGCAUUUUGCUUGGCAAUGUUCUUGUCAAUUCAACGUUUACAAUUCUGCUCGAUUCACUGUCGAGUGGUUUGAUUGCAGUUGUGUCUUCUACAAUUUUAAUUGUAAUUUUUGGUGAAAUUACUCCACAGGCUAUCUGUUCGAGACAUGGAUUAGCCGUUGGUGCAAAUACAAUAUUGAUCACCAAAGUGGUGAUGGCAUUAACGUUUCCAAUAGCUUACCCAGUUUCGAAAAUAUUGGACUUUCUACUUGGAGAGGAAAUUGGUGCGGUGUACAAUCGAGAAAGGUUGAAGGAGUUAGUUCGGGUUACCAAAGACGUCAAUGAUUUGGACAAAGACGAGGUGAAUAUAAUAUCUGGUGCAUUAGAGCUGCGAAAGAAAACGGUAGCCGAUGCAAUGACACACAUCGAAGACGCAUUCAUGUUGUCAUACGAUGCAAUUUUGGAUUUUGAAACCGUUUCCGAAAUCAUGAAAUCUGGCUUCUCAAGAAUUCCGGUCUACGAAAACGAUCGGAAAAAUGUCCUCACGCUUCUGUUCAUCAAAGAUCUGGCAUUCGUCGAUCCCGAUGACAAUACGCCGUUGCGAACGUUAUGUGAAUUCUAUCAAAAUUCCUGCAGUUUCGUAUUUGAAGACAUUACAUUGGAUGUAAUGUUCCGACAGUUUAAGGAAGGCCAUCGUGGACACAUGGCAUUCGUUCAUCGCGUGAACAAUGAGGGAGAUGGAGAUCCGUUCUACGAAACGAUUGGUUUGAUUACGAUGGAGGAUGUUAUUGAGGAGUUGAUUCAAGCCGAAAUUAUGGAUGAAACUGAUGUUUACACAGACAAUCGAGCGAAAAUCAAACGAAUCAGGAGCAAAAAACAGGAUUUCACUGCCUUUGCUGAACGGCGUGAGCAUCGUGAACAUCAUUCGAUUAGAAUUUCACCGCAGCUCACAUUGGCCACCUUCCAAUAUUUGACAACAACUGUUGAAUCAUUCAAGCCAGAUGUUGUGUCGGAGACGAUACUUCGACGCUUAUUGAACCAAGACAUUAUUCAUAACAUAAAGUGUAAAGGCAAAGAUAAACAUGACCCGUCGAUGGUUAUAUACCAACAAGGCAAACCGGUCGAUUAUUUUGUACUUAUUUUGGAGGGACGCGUUGAGGUCCAGGUGGGCCGCGAGAACCUUCUGUUUGAAAGCGGUCCGUUCACUUUCUUCGGAAUUCAAGCACUUGCCCAAAAUGUUGGCGUUGAUUCGCCACAACAACAACUAGUGAAAGGCUCUCUGCAGUCGCUUAAUAUGGACGCAAUGUUGCGGCACACUUUCGUUCCUGACUAUUCAGUGAGAGCUGUGACCGACGUACUGUAUUUAGCAAUUAAACGAACGUUGUAUUUAGCUGCAAAGCGUGCAACGCUUAUGGAACGAUCUCAGAAAACUGAAGAUUUGGGUAGCAGUGAACCGAUUGACGAAGAAGUCGAAAAGUUACUGCACUCUUUGGAUGAAGAUGAUAAUAAAAGCAUUACAGCUCAUACAGCGAAUCUGAAUGCUGUAACACCCAGACAGAGUAAGCCUGGUAGUAAAACAUCAUCGCCAAUCGAUCAUUUAAUCCGAAGCAAUAAUUCAUUGCAUCCGAUUGACAUUGACUUCAAUGAUAAUAAUGCUAGGGAAUCACUGGAUGGCUCCGGAGCACACUUGGACGAUACAAAUACUCCACUUCUCUCACCAUCGAAUCAAGACCGAAACGGAUCUUAGAAAUCCCUGAUUGCUUCUACAUUCUGUCAUGUAGAAACUCAUGUAUAAUAAAAUGAUGGGCAACGAGUACUUAAAAGUUAGGCUCUUACUUUUAUUGGUUCUUUUGAAAUCUAUUGAAUAAGUGAGCGAAGAUUAUUCUAUGAAUUAUAUAUUUAAUAUCGUUAUCUGUUUUUGAAAAAAAUAAGGAAAAAAAAGUCUAAUUGCCGUCGUUUUGUACGUUGAAUACGAAACGAACAACAUUUAUAUGGCCAUAAUUCACUUAAUCAUUAAAUUAUUAUUGAGAAUUUAGCUUAAAA